CUAUUGGAAGCGCGUUGGCCGAAUCGGUCAGCUGCGGAAGAACUUCGUAGACCCGAUUUUUCGCGUGCGUUGAACGACUUCGGUGUAUAAUUAGCGUGAAAUCUUUUUCAAAUCAAAACUCGCUACUAUGCCGUCGGGCGACGUGCCACCCAGGAAUGCAUUCGAGAGAUUCUACAACGGCCUAUACAACCUAUGGGACACGCCGGUCACUUGGUUUCGAGAGAAAGUGGUGGCACCCAACAGGAAGCAGUACUACUGGUACCACCGCCAGCUGCCGAGGGUGCCGGAAAUCGACCAGUGCUACACGGACGAUUUAAUGUGCACGUUUGAGGCCAACGAACAGUACAAGAGAGACAGGGAUGUUGACACAAGAAUUCUGCAGAUCCUGAGUCGGAGGCGCGACGACUGCUACAUCUAUGAGUCGCCCGAAACAGAGAAGUGUAAGAAGCUGCACGAAGACUUCAGGGAGGCCGAGCUUAACUGGUUCAUCAAAUAUGGCGACCUGGGCCCCCACGUGACGGUGGUGAACGCGUUCAUGAAGCAGAAGCACCGGCUCGUCGCCGAGCGACGCAGGGCCCUCAAGGAGCAGCAGGAGGCAGAGGAAGGCGCUUGACCAAGUUGGCGCGCGCAAGACGCAACCGACAAGACAUAGGCUUCUAGUUCGACUCUUCGGCGUCUUCGUCCACGAGGCCCAGAGAGAUCCGACGUGUCGAGAAAUAAGAGUGGAGUGGGUUAGCAUA